ACGCUCAGCUCGGUUCAGUAGAAGCUUUGUGUCCAUUGCGAAAACAAGGCAAAAUGAGAGUGCUAGUUGUCUUAACAUUGGCCUUGGCCGCCGUUUUGGCCAUUAAAAGUCCAGACGUCGACCCCCGCAGCAUCGAUUGGUCAAUUGUGCGAACUCUGCGAGAGACGGAUAAGUUCCGUGCUCGAUUUGGAUUGGCCCCACUGAGCGAUGACGAAAUCCGGCAGUCUCGUAUCUCCGGAGGAACCAUCGCCAGCCCAACCGACAUUCCAUGGGCUGUUGGAGUUCUGAUCCAUGGAGGCACCUCGGGACACAGCUUCUGUACUGGUACUCUGAUUUCGGCGCGAUUCGUUCUGACUGCGGCCAACUGCGUUCAAGGCGAAACUGAUAUUGCCAUCGCUUUGAAUGCUGCCAAUAUGGCGAACAUCGGCGAGCUGAUCUCCGUUUCCCACGUGCUAGUCCAUCCUAACUUCAGCUGGCUGUUGGGUCGUGACGAUCUUGCCAUCCUCACUCUGAGCCGAAAUGCUCCCAUCAAUGAUUCUACGAUCCGUCCUGUGCUGAUGCCACGUCGCUCGGAUGCCAGCAUGUCCUUCGUCGAUUGGUCAGCAACGACGGCCGGUUGGGGCAAUACGGGAAACCGUGACAAUGAGGCCAUCCCGACGCAGUUCUUGCAGUUCGCCACGGACUCCGUUACCUCGAACUUGGUAUGCCAGCUGUCGUACACCUGGGUCAGAAGUACACACAUCUGCGUCGGAACCGAUAACGGUGGAGCAUGUAAUGGAGACGAAGGUGCUCCAGUUACUGUUCGUGAAGCGAACCGUAUCUUCCUGAUUGGGGUUCACUCAUUCCACUACAGUGGAAUCCGUGGAUGUGAUCGUGGACGAUCGACCGUCAACACGCGCAUCACCGAAUAUCUCGACUGGAUUGCGCAGAACAGUGAUGUUGUGAUCCCGGCUUAAACUGUGAUUUAGAGUGAAUAUAAAUACAUUUUCAAAUAUGAUGAAACUACAGUAAUUGAAUCCGUCAUAUUUUGACCCUAUUUGUGCUGUCAUGUUGAGUUAAACUGGUACCGUGAUUCCGGGUGAAAUUGAUCAGUGGAGUGAAAUUGAUCGACGUGAGGACAACUUUUAUUUAUCAAAAAUAAAGCUUCGAACUUAAAAUAAUUCGUAGAAAAUGAUCAUCAUCUGGCUCAAGGGUUAUUGAAUGAUGAGUUUACAUGUCUUACAACUAAUUAGUCACAUAUUUCUGUAUUAAACUUAAUAUUUUCCGAAACUGCGUGUUUG